AAUCAAGGAAAAGAAAGAUGAACUUCAUCUAUGGAUUGCAGUCUGCUACUAGAAACUGUGCUUUCUUCCGAUUUAAUUUACUGACCAACUGGAGAAAAUGUAACACACUAGCUAAAACCUCGCCAGACUGUCAUCAAGUACAGAUUAACCGUACAGUAAAUAAGUAUCAGGGCCUGCGAAUAAAUCAGUGUGAUAGACUGACUUUUCUGCCGGGAAACUUUCAUUUCUAUAGAACUUUUAAUAACAAAAGAACAGGAUGCCUCUCAUGUGCCAAAAGUAAGGAAAUUUGGAUGAUUACCCAGAAAUGUACUGCACAGAAUGUCUCUUUUUCAAGACAGCAACUGAUAGAAGAAGUUGCGGUAGUUCCUGCUCUUUCAGCACUGCGCCCUCUAAGCUCUUCUCUCGUGAGAGACAUCAGGAGUUUCCACACUUCUCCACGGUUUCAGGCUGCUCCCGUUCCUCUCUUGUUGGUAGUUCUUAAACCAGUGCAGAAACUACUCGCAAUCAUUGUAGGCAGGGGCAUAAGGAAAUGGUGGCAGGCACUUCCUCCUAACAAAAAGGAACUAUUUAAAGAAAGUGUAAGGAAGAACAAAUGGAAGUUAUUUCUUGGUUUGAGUAGUUUUAUAUUGCUCUUCAUAGUGUUUUAUUUUACUCAUCUGGAAGUGAGUCCAGUUACAGGAAGGAGCAAGUUACUAUUAUUGGGAAAAGAACAUUUCAGACUUUUAUCAGAACUGGAAUAUGAAGCAUGGAUGGAAGAAUUUAAAAAUGAUAUGCUACCUGAGAAAGAUCCUCGAUACCUGACUGUUAAAGAAGUGGUUUAUCAUUUAAUUGAAUGCAAUAAAGAUAUUCCAGGGAUCUCUGAGAUCAAUUGGAUUAUUCAUGUGGUUGAUUCCCCAGAUAUAAAUGCCUUUGUGCUUCCAAAUGGACAAGUGUUUAUCUUCACUGGGCUUUUAAAUAGUGUGACUGACAUUCAUCAACUUUCCUUCCUUCUGGGCCAUGAAAUAGCACAUGCGGUACUUGGGCAUGCUGCUGAAAAGGCUAGCUUGGUUCAUUUAUUGGAUUUCCUAGGUCUGAUUUUUCUCACAAUGAUUUGGGCCAUUUGUCCUCGAGAUAGUUUGGCACUUUUGGGCCAGUGGAUACAGUCUAAAUUGCAGGAGUAUAUAUUUGAUAGACCAUACAGUAGAACAUUGGAGGCUGAAGCUGACAAAAUUGGACUACAGCUUGCUGCAAAGGCUUGUGUGGACGUCAGAGCCAGUUCAGUGUUCUGGCAGCAGAUGGAAUUCGCAGAUAGCCUCCACGGUCACCCCAGGUUGCCGCAGUGGUUAUCCACACACCCUUCUCAUGGCAAUCGAGCUGAGCACUUGGAUAGACUCAUACCUCAGGCUCUCAAAAUUAGAGAGAUUUGUAAUUGCCCACCACUUUCUGGACCAGACCCUCGAUUACUGUUCAAACUCAGUGUGAAGCAUUUUCUUGAAGAAUCAGAGAAAGAAGACCCAAAUAUCACUGUUAAGAAACAGAAAAUGGAUACUCUUCCCAUUCAGAAACAGAAGCAAAUACCAUUAACCUAUAUAAUUGAGAAAAGAACUGACAGUUGAAUUAAAAUUUGAGACAGAGGAUAUAUGAAGAAUGCAGCAAUCCUUAUCAUUUUUAUGUUACUUUUUAAAAAAUGAUGUUUGAAAUGAAAAAAAAUGGGUAUUCAAGGUCAAAUCAUGUAUAUUACAGGUAUUACCUAAAUUCUUUUAGGUAUUUAUUUUUCAUGAAAUAUUGAUGUAUUUUAAUCUAUUUUAAAAUAUUUUCAACAAGGAAAAUGUCACAGAAUAAAUUUAUAUUACACAUUUUA